CUCCAUUUGCACUUUACAACUCUUAUCUUCAUCGAUAAUCUGUGGUGAAAGAUAAUGUGUUUUAUUUUUGAAAUCAACCUUUUCUAACCCCUCUCUCCACUUACAUGUAGUGUGUAUACUUUCCUCUCGUGGCAUUUGUAUCUCUUAUACGUUCGUACACCAAGCUGCUAUUUCGCAACUCGAACUUCGAUAAAGUUAAUUGGAGUUCUAUCCUCUUCUCCCUUGUCCGCUAACUAAAAUCCCUCUUCGUUCGGGUGACAUGCUUACUGUUGAUGUAACGGAAGAAAAACCAACAAAUGUCAACUCACAAACUGUAAAUCAUCAACCUCAUGAACAUGAAAUAAUCACUGAUAAACAAUCUGAAUCACAUAUUGUCCGAUUAUCUGCACCAUCUGAUAAUUCUUGUCUAUUUACAAGUGUUCUUUUCUGUAUGAAUAAUGAAGACAAUCAUUUAAAAAUUGGUACAGAAGUUGUAACAAAUAUUGCUGAAGUCAGUAAUUUAAGAGAAUUAAUUUCCGGUAUUGUGUUAAGCGAUCCAGUCAAGUAUUCUGAAGCAUUCCUCGGGAUGUCAAAUGAACAAUAUUCACUUCAAAUUAGACAAUCAGAUAAAUGGGGUGGAGGUAUUGAAGUAUCAAUUUUAUCACAAUUAUAUAAAAUUGAAAUAUGUAUUGUAGAUAUUGAAUCAUGUCGAAUUGAUCGUUUUGGUGAAGAUCAAAAUUAUCCUAAAAGAAUUUUAUUAAUUUAUGAUGGUAUACAUUAUGAUCCAUUAGCACAAGAAUGUCCAAAUCGUAAUUGUUUAAUAACUGUAUUUUCAUCAAAUAAUGAUUCAAUUCUUUUUGAAGCUCAACAAUUAGCAUCAAAAGCUCGUGCUGAAUGGGCAUUCACUGAUCUUUCAUCAUUUACAUUACUUUGUCGACAAUGUGAUGCACCAUUAAUUGGUCAAGAAGCUGCACAAAAACAUGCACAAUUAACAGGUCAUACACAAUUUAGAGAAAUUUUACAUUAA